AUUGGCUAAUAAAUUAUGUACGAAAUUAAUUAAAGAUUUUAAAAAAAUAACAGUAUUAUAAAGCUGAAUAUUAUAUCUGAUUAACUUCCUAAAAUUCAAAACAACAAAAUACUAAAAUGAAACUACUUCUAUGCAUUUUUGGAUUAAUUUGCAUAGUAUAUGCUCAAAGAGGUGAUAUAGGCUUCUUUGAAGAUGACGUUGAUGAUUUUAAUGCUCCUGUAGAUAACUGGGACGAGGAUCGUGGAGAUGGGUGGGGAUAUCAUACCCCAACAUGGGAAGCUGGAACAGGACCGAUAGUUAGUGCUCAAGCAUUCGACACUCAACCAUUCGACCAUCAACCAUUCGACCAUCAAGUAUUCCCCGCAGCAAAUAUUCAGUAUCCACAAAAGGACAUUUAUGAUUUUACUGAAGGGAAUUACGGAUAUAUUGGACAACUUGGAAAACACUGCAAAGUCAUUAAAGGAUAUGGUAAUCGUAUCAAUUAUCAGGAAAUAUACAAAUCAUACAACGACGGUGGCUCUUAUAACAACGGAUAUCCAAGUUCCAUUGGACUUCAAGAGUUUCCUUCGUACGCAGAGAACCAUUUUUACCAGAACAACCAUCAGGUCGGCAAUGUGUUAUCUACCGCUCCCAUCACAGCUGGUAGUGCUGUUCCUCUAACAUCUAUGCUUACAGGUCCAACAUCAUCGAUUGGUGGUUUUCCAUCAUACACAGAUAACACAAAUCAGUAUUAUCAGAACAAUGGCAUUCACAAUAGCUUAUCUGCCGCUCCGGGAACAAACAUGGGUUUUGUUGCGCCAUCGGUAUCAGCUUUCAGCUCACCAGUAUCGAACGCCGGGUUUUCAGAAAACGACAACUCUUACCACUGAAAUAUCAGCUUUGGCAAUGCUUGAUUUCUAGUCAUUAUCAUUUCUUUAAUUUAAUGUAUUUCUAAAUGUUUGAUCUAAUGGUUUUUAACUUCACAUGUUAGUAUAUCAUAUACUAUAGUAUUUAAGCGUUGUAUAUGUUACGUCUAGUAUUUU